UCAUUCAACGUGUCCCCUCCAAUGAAAGACCUCAAAAUUGCCAAAUCAUGCGACCCUUCUCUCUAAAUCUCUCUCUCUCCCCUGUUCCAGCCAGUCUUUAUUUUCCUUCCCAACUCUCGCAUUGUUUCUUCUCCUUUUCCCCCUUUUCCCUCUCCCCUCUAAAUUCAUUGAAGCAAUUCCAGGCUGCCGAACAAUUUGGGUGAAACUCAAUUAAAGAACCCAUUUCAAAAAUGCAUUCAUUUGGGUUCAGAGCCAACGCUUUGCUGACCUUCGCCGCCACCAUUCUCGCCGUCAUUUGUGCUUUGGCUUCCUUUUCCGAUACCCUCAAUUCCCCUUCACCCACUGCACAAGUUCAGGUUCUGAGCAUCAAUUGGUUUCAAAAUCAACCCAAUGGAAAUGAUGAGGUUAGCAUGACUUUAAACAUAUCAGCGGACUUGCAGUCAUUAUUUACGUGGAAUACAAAGCAGGUUUUUGUGUUUCUUGCUGCUGAAUAUGAAACCCCAUCGAACUCCUUGAAUCAGAUCUCACUUUGGGACGGUAUCGUACCUUCCAAAGAGAUUGCAAAGUUUCAAAUCCAUACAUCAAACAAGUAUCGCUUUGUUGAUCAGGGAAGCAAUCUGAGAGGUAAAGAGUUUAACUUGACGUUGCAUUGGCAUGUGAUGCCAAAGACAGGCAAGAUGUUCGCAGAUAAAUUGGUGAUGUCUGGAUAUCGUUUGCCACAAGAAUAUAGAUGAGAAAAUUUCUCCAUUGAUUGUAAUUUCUGAACUAAACCUUACAAUAGGCUUUAGCAUCAGCAGCUUAAUCAACAAUAUUACAAACACUGAACAUUUCAUGAAUGGAAUAGGAAGAGGAGGAAUUUUGUGUAUUCCAUUUUUUCACGAAUUCGUCAGGGUUUUAAAUGAAUUGAGAUAUGAUACAGUUUGGUUUUUAUUUU